ACCUGCCCACCUUUUCAUCUCUCCCAACCACGCUUUCAACUCUGCGCUCGGCGCACCCAACAGACUAGUAACAAUCCUUACCCCUCUAAUUCAUCAAUUCCAUGAUCCCUAAUUCUCGAAAAUUUCCCCCCCUUUUUCACAUGAUAUUAUGUGAAUCUAAUAAGUUUCAUUAAUUCGUUCCUGUUUUCCGAACGUUACUUUUUAAUGUUCUGUUUGGAUGAAUUUAUUGUGGACAUUUUAAUGGAAACUUAUAGAUGCAAAUUUCCGUUGAAUUCUUUUGCUCUUUCUGCCAAAAAUCAAGCUGAUCCAAUUCGCCUACUUUAUUGCUCUUUCCUGGGCAAAAUCAAUCUGAUUUCAUGUUUGAGUGCAUUGAGGAGCAUUAUGACAUCCUCUGUUCAUAGCCUCUCUGAUAACAGCGAGACUGAUGAGCAACACAAGGGCAGAGACCUCCCUGCCUCUCCAUCAUAUGGGAUGUCUCAUCCUGGUAUUGCUUUGCCAAUGAUGCACUAUGUGGCGUCUUCUCAACUUGGACUUGGAAAUGCACAAACUGCUUACCCUUAUCCAGAUCCUUACUAUAGAAGUAUAUUUGCUCCCUGUGACACACACCCUUAUCCUUCGCAACCUUAUGCCCCUCGGCCUAUGGUUAACCUUCAGUUAAUGGGAAUCCAGCAGGCUGGUCUCCCUUUGCCUUCUGACUCAGUUGAGGAGCCUGUCUUUGUCAAUGCAAAACAAUAUCAUGGCAUCUUGCGGCGACGUCAAUCACGUGCAAAGGCAGGGUCAGAACAUAAACUUGCUAAACCUCGAAAGCCAUACUUGCAUGAAUCUCGGCAUUUGCAUGCAAUGAAAAGAGCUAGAGGAAUGGGAGGUCGGUUCCAAAAGAAGAAUGAGAACCAGCAGAAAGACGUGGAAUCGAGUGAUAAAUCACAGGCCAACUUUAACCAGAACUAAAAUAAUGAUGAUCCCGGCUCUUCCUAAAGUGCCUCCUGAACAUGUUCAUAAAUGCAAGUCUUCAUAAAAGGACUGCACUGAUUUUGUGGUCAGUAGGACUCAAGUUUUGGUUCUGAAUGUGUACAUCUAGUUACAGUUUUCUGUAGGGAACUGUAGGGGUUCCACAAAUGACGAAUUUUGAAAUUGAUCUGUUAGUCAUCCAUGUUCUCAAUGAAGUGUAACAUUAGCUCC